GGAUUGUUCACAGGAGAAUAAAAAGGGCCGCUGCGCAGUCACAAUACUAGACAACACAUCAGACACUUUAUUGAAGAGCAGACGGGAGACAAAAACAAACCUAUAUCUUACAACAUUUAACGUUCUUCAACAUAAAGUCAGAACUAUCAUUUUCUUUCGGCGUUGUUGAUUUUUAAUUUUGUCGAGAAUGCCUUUUCUAGGACAGGAUUGGCGGUCCCCGGGUCAGAGCUGGGUUAAAACUGAAGAAGGAUGGAAAAACUAUUCUUUAGACGACAAAAACAGCAAUGACUCAGACGUGAGCUAUUGUAAAACGGAGGACGAAUGCUUCCAGGAGAAUCUGCGGUUGUCUGUUACAUACGACAUGGCAGCCAAGAAGAGAAGGAAAGACUGCAUGAACAACAACGCAAAAAUUCCCUAUUUCCACAAAGAGAAAUGGAUUUACGUUCACAAAGGAAGCACUAAAGAGCGUCAUGGUUACUGCACUCUGGGAGAAGCUUUCAACCGGCUGGACUUCUGCAGCGCCAUCAAGGACAACCGGAGGUUCAACUAUGUCGUACGGCUGCUGGAGCUCAUUGCCAAGUCCCAGCUGCCCUCGCUCAGCGGAGUGGCUCAGAAAAAUUACAUGAACAUCCUGGAGAGAGUGGUGCAGAAAGUCCUCGGUGAUCAGCAGAAUGUUCGGCCCAUCAAGGAGCUCCUUCAGACCCUGUACGUGUCUCUGUGUGGUCUGGUGCAGGAUAUGGGGAAGUCUGUUCUGGUGGGCAACAUCAACUGUUGGGUUCAUCGCAUGGAGAACAUCCUGCAGUGGCAACAACAGCUGGACAACAUUCAGAUCAACAGGCCUGUGUCUAAGGGUAUGACCCUAACAGAACUGCCUGCCAGCCUGCAGCUGAACAUCAUGGAGCGUCUGUCAGAUGGCAGGGACCUGGUCAGUUUGGGACAGGUGACUCCAGACCUGGGACAACUCACUGAGGACAGGUUGCUGUGGAAGAGGCUCUGCCAGUACCACUUCACUGACAGACAGAUCCGUAAGCGUCUGAUGGUGUCAGACAAGGGCCAGUUGGAGUGGAAGAAUAUGUACUUUAAGCUGUGUCGCUGCUACCCUGUCAGAGAGCAAUACAGUGAAACCCUGCAGUUCUGCACACACUGCCACAUCCUCUUCUGGAAGGAUACAAACCACCCUUGCACAGCCAACAACACAGAGAGCUGCUGUAAGCCUGUUUCACCACAAGGCUUUAUCAACCUCUUCAAGUUCUGAGAGCCACACGGAGCCUGAGUGCCUUUUGUACAUACAGUACAGAACUGUUUUUAUAGUGCGAUCAAAUGGAUUCAGUGGAAGCAGUGGGGAAAUGAUGCAAUCGAAUUCUUGGUUUCUGGAGAGCUGAGGAUUCUGGGAGCUGGAGUUCUAUAGCUGAGAACAAGUGAACUUGACAAACUGAUCAAAGAGAUGGUGGAACAAGAAGAGGGGGGGAUGAGGUGGAACAGAGUACUCUGAAGUUUAUUAAAUAAGUUUGGUCCUUUUUAAAAUGUAAAUUCAAAUGAAGUGCACUUCUCUUCCUGAGUGCAGUUACUGCACGGCUCCCAUAACAGCAUACUAAAGUUGAAACAUUUUCCAGAAAGGAAAUCAUUUGCAAAAGUGAAUUUGUUUAGUUUUAAAUAGGGCUGUCAAACGAUUCAAAUAAUUAAUAGAGUUAAUAGCAUUAGUAGUAUUUUAUUUUAUUAAAUUUGGCCCUAAAAAAAAAUAUAUAUAUAUAUUUUAAAAAGCAUUGCAUUGAGAUAUAGGCAUACUAUGUUUGGAUUGUAAAGGAAAGAGACAAAAUCAUCUGUAUGAAUGUUUUUUAAUGGCAUUUUAAACUAUAAACGGCACAAAAGUCACUGCGAACAUAGAUGUUAACGCUCCCAAUGUUUCAGUAGGCCUCUACUCCCUCUUAUCAAUGUUCUUGAAGUUUAACACUUCCUCAUUUGCCACACACACUCACAUCCUGAACGCUUCAGGCAUUCCAAAUGAGUGUUCUGCCAAUUUCUGAUUGGAGUGUUGACUAUAAGGAAAAUAGAACCGUAUCCAUGGAGACAAAGAGCUUUUUAAACCUGUCCAAUGUUAAUUAACCUGUCCAAUUAACAACCGAUCAGACAGGUCUGAGGUCAUGUCAAAUAUAAUACAACUAUUAGAUCUAGCCUAGGAUACUGAUCUAUGUUCUUCAACAUCAACUAGUCACAAGCUGCUACUAGAAUUGGGAUACUUUUCUGAACGUAACCUGAGAACUAAAACAGUAACGUUAGGCAAAUGGAAUGGAUUUACUGUUUUUGUGGGAAGUUAGCUAGCUAGUUGAUUCAAGAUGCAAUCAGGCAUGGCAUUGUAAACAUUUUAGUUUGGUUAGCUAGCUAGCGUUAGCAUAACUAAGCUAACCGCUUUUGUACAAAUUAUAUUUUUGCUGUUCUCUAAAGAAACGCCUGGGAAUGUGUUUAUGGUUGAACUUCAUGUCAGUUUUCCUAAGCUAUGCGCGUCGUGCACCACAAGAGCCCGACAGCGCUACUGAGACCGAGGUCACACUGACUGAGGUGACCAGGCACAGAGCGUGUUGUGUGUUGCGCUUAAAACGGCCCGUGCGGAAACAAGCCCUCAAAAGGGUCCGUGUGAAAACGAGCGCUCAGAAGGUUCCGUGUGAUGAAGAAAUGGAGACUAACGGUGUCCAAUUUUUGUUUUUACUGAAUUACAAAUGUCACGCGUUAUUUAACGAGUUAACUUUGACAGCCCUAGUUUUAAAACAAAAUGGCUUUCAUUUUCUAAAAGGGAAAAAGGUAGGGGAAUAUAUUAACUGAUUUGAAGUUUGUAAGUAGUUUGGCUCAAUUUCAAGGACAAAAACAUUUUCAACGUUUUUUAGUAUUAGAUUUUUUGGGUAAUCUGGGAAAAGGUGAGAGAAUCCGGCUUUAGCUUUGGCAUGGGGGGGGGGGCAGGGACACAUUUUGGGAGAAUGUAAUUUUUUUUUACUAAGGUGUUUUUCACCAAAGUUGACUGGUAUGAUAUUCUUUUGAUAUGUUGACUGCAUAUCAUUUUCUAAAAACAACCCCAUCCCCCUUUUUUUCACUUUUAUAUAUUUGAUAUUUACAGAUGUUUUUUGUAUUUUGCUUGUGUGUCGUCACUAGCUGCCAAUGCUUUACCAACCAUAUUACAAAGACACUGAAUAAUAAUAAUAAUAAUAAUAGCUAUGGUGGUGUGCCCAAGAGCAGCUGGUUAAGAACAAAAGUGGGAUGUUUUCAGAUUCUUGUGUUUUUAACUUUUUAAUCUAGGAGACAUUUAUUUACAAGAAGAACUUGACAUGGUACUGAAGGAGCAGCUUUGAAAACCAAUAUAUUUUAAAAGCUUGAAGGACUUCUUUUUAUUUAAUAAUUCAUAACUUGUUUAUUUAUGGCUUCCUGCAUGAUGAUGCUUUUUUAAAAAUACCCAAAUGUUUUUCUAAAUGAUUUGUGUGUCUGACAUAUUGAAUAACCUGUGUUGGUGGGUAGAGGAAGCAUGAUGGAACAGCCUGUGUUGAUGGGUAGAGGAAGCAUGAUGGAACAGCCUGUGUUGAUGGGUAGAGGAAGCAUGAUGGAACAGCCUGUGUUGAUGGGUAGAGGAAGCAUGAUGGAACAGCCUUUUUUGGUGGGUAGAGGAAGCAUGAUGGAACAGCCUGUGUUGGUGGGUAGAGGAAGCAUGAUGGAACAGCCUGUGUUGGUGGGUAGAGGAAGCAUGAUGGAACAGCCUGUGUUGAUUGGUAGAGGAAGCAUGAUGGAACAGCCUGUGUUGAUGGGUAGAGGAAGCAUGAUGGAACAGCCUGUGUUGAUGGGUAGAGGAAGCAUGAUGGAACAGCCUGUGUUGAUGGGUAGAGGAAGCAUGAUGGAACAGCCUGUAUUGGUGGGUAGAGGAAGCAUGAUGGAACAGCCUGUUGGUGGGUAGAGGAAGCAUGAUGGAACAGCCUGUGUUGGUGGGUAGAGGAAGCAUGAUGGAACAGCCUGUGUUGGUGGGUAGAGGAAGCAUGAUGGAACAGCCUGUGUUGAUGGGUAGAGGAAGCAUGAUGGAACAGCCUGUGUUGAUGGGUAGAGGAAGCAUGAUGGAACAGCCUGUGUUGGUGGGUAUAGGAAGCAUGAUGGAACAGCCUGUGUUGAUGGGUAUAGGAAGCAUGAUGGAACAGCCUGUGUUGAUGGGUAGAGGAAGCAUGAUGGAACAGCCUGUGUUGAUGGGUAGAGGAAGCAUGAUGGAACAGCCUGUGUUGAUGGGUAGAGGAAGCAUGAUGGAACAGCCUGUGUUGAUGGGUAGAGGAAGCCCUGGUCACACGUACUAGUAUUCCAUUUGGGACGUAGUCUCAGACCCCUAUUCACACUGCCUAGGCAGUAGAGUAAUGUCCAAUACAUGCAGUGUUUAUGUCCAUGUUUCUGUCCAAUAAAUAAACUGAAAAUACUUCUGA